GCAACUCGAGUCCAUCACUAGCUUACAUCGACAUCGAUCGAUUUAUUCGUCCCUCAAUUUGCCAUUUUCAUUUGAGCUUUGCUUGAAUUUUAUCAGCGGGUAGACAGAUAAAUAUCUUUACGAUGACGAAGGACGAUUAUACUGGUUUGGCUGAAAAAAUUUUGACGGCUUACAAGAAUUACGACGAGGGCGUCGAUGAAAUCAUUGAUCCUUAUUCAGAAGAUAACGAUAAUAUUGCGGUUAUGACUACUUUACAACUUAACAUGCUGCAAGAGAUAUAUAAAGUUUUUGACGAAGGCAGCACUGACAUGGGACCUGAAUUUAUAAGGUUACUAAAACAAUUCAGCAAUUGCUUGAUCAUGGAAUGUAGUCAUCGGGCAUCAAAACUGGCCAAAGAAGAGGGUGCUAAUGAACUCAAAUGUGAACAUAUUCUAAAGAGUAUGGACCAAAUAACAUUGGAAUUGCCACUGUAAUGCAGAUGUUCAUAUUUGCAAACAUCAAGUAGUUGUUUUAUUUUAUUUUAACCUGUACCAAAAAGAUCUCCAAUGCUUGUGAUAAUUUAUUUGCAAAAUACAUUUAGUGAAAACAAUGUUUCUUUUAAUACAAUAAAAAUAUAUUAAACUGUA